AUGGGGCCGGGCGGGAUGGGGCCGGGGCGGGGCGGCUUCCGGGCCUGCGCCUGCUUCCUCACCGACCACCUCUUCGUGCCUCGCUACGGCCUCCACCUGCGCUACUGGGGAGACCCGGAGCAGCUGCGGAAGGAGUAUGGGCAGGCCUUAAGAGAGCGUGGAUGCAGAACUGAGGAAGAGUUUGAAGCUGUAAUACAAGAGGUUGAAAAAGAAGUGCAGAGGAGAAAGGAAUUAGAUCGCCACUCCAGAGAAAGAAAAACAAUCAUUUCCCAGAACUACAGACCAAAACAUCCAGAACUGUAUACUUUACAGGAUUCAUUUUUGGCCCCGGAAUUUGUAGAAACUGUUAAGUACUGCGCAUCCAGUGGUGCAGAUCUCCAGGGUCUGCUGAACCAUGUGGAAUCUAUCUCAGAUAAGAGAAUCUACCGACUCCCCAUCUUCACUGAGGAAUUCUGCCAAGCGUUCAUCGAGGAGCUGGAGAACUUUGAACAGUCCGAGAUGCCCAAGGGGAGGCCCAAUACCAUGAAUAACUAUGGGGUUCUCUUAAACGAGCUGGGGAUGGAUGAGGCUUUCAUCACGCCUCUCCGAGAAAAGUACCUGGGCCCCAUUUCAGCGCUGCUGUACCCGGACUGCGGGGGAGGCUGCUUGGACAGCCACAAAGCUUUCGUCGUGAAGUACGCCUUGCACGAAGACCUGGACCUGAGCUCCCACUACGACAAUGCAGAAGUGACCCUGAACGUCUCCCUGGGGAAAGAAUUCACUGAGGGCAAUCUCUACUUUGCUGAAUUCAGACAGGAUCUCAAACCUGUGCCGCGUUACGUUGAAGUUGAGCAUGUGCCCUGCCACGGAUUGUUCCACCGGGGAGGACAGAUGCACGGGGCACUCCCCAUCGCCUCCGGGGAACGCUGGAACUUGAUUGUCUGGAUGCGAUCGUCUGCCGUCCGAAACCAGCUCUGCCCCAUGUGCAACAGACAACCUGAGCUGGUGCCAGCAGAGGGGUUUGGAGAAGGGUUCACCGGGAACCCUGAAGACAACCAGCCUGAAACCAUGGAUCUGUGCUCCUUAACGUAG